GAUACGUCAAUCAGUUUUACAGUCUUUAAACUCUCUUCGUGUCAUUGAAAAUAUCCGGAAUAGUGAAAUCUGCAAAAUUCAUCAGAAUUAGUAUUCGAAGUGUUGUGUUACGUUCGAAAAUGUGCUGCAAAACCGGCCGCCCAAAACCUGUGCUCGGUUCCAGUUGCUAGGACGACCAACUGUGUUGGUUUCUCCGUUCGUUUAUGUGAAUGCGUACGUCACCAACGGGCCGCAUUUUAUGAGUGUGCGUGUUUUUGUGAAAGAGAGUCUUUUAUUGCCAUCUUGGCCAAAUACGACCAUCACCCACUGUCCUAACCUCUUGUUUCGUGCCGUCCCGACGGUGACGACAACAACGGCGACGCCGGGUGGAAAAAUGUGCGUAAUUGGAUCACCCGCUAAUUGAUGGAGCAGCAGCUAACCAAAUGACGACAGCAGCCGAAUCAUCAGCUAGGAAAACAGCUUCACUACUACUACCGGGAGGUUAAGAGAAUUGGCCGAAUUGUUCCAAUUGCUCUCGCGGCAGUCGUCCGUUUUUAUCGCUGAAAUAUUGCCGCCAGCUUGCUAACAAGUGCGCGCAAGCAGCUAGAUUACGUGCAUUAAAAUUUGCGAAGCACGUAGCACAGCACUACUUCUGAUGCCGUCGAACAGAUUAUAGACUUAUUCAAAGUCCAGUUUCCACAUACUUGUUAGAUUCAUUAGUCCCGUGUUUAACAAUCAGUCGCAUGUUUAGAAGAAAUUCGCAGUAAAAAAAAAAACAAGUGUGCGUGUGUGUUUGUGUGUGGGUGUAAGUGUGACACUCUUGUGGGGAAGGACAUCGGACAAAAGCAUAAUUGAAAAUACGGACCGAUACGGUGGUGGUGUGGGUGCCUCCCGGAAAAAUCGCUUUUCGAUGGUAAAGGCACCUGUGUUACCCUCCUCUGUGCCACAGCAGCAACCCCAGCAGCAGCAGCAUCAGCAGCAACAACAGCAGCAGCACCAGCAUCAGAUACUGACCCAAAAGGAGGCCUGUGUCCAGCAGCUUCAGCAACAAUUCCAUCAAUAUUCCUUCCCACCUCCGACGACGCAAUACUACCAAAUAGGUACGGUGAAAAAAAAUCGUCGUCUGCAAAUGGCGACGGAACCACCGGGUGGCGGAGGCGGAAGUGGUUUGUCGGUGACCCCGACAACAACGACCACUGCUGCCAUCGCAGUGGUGGCUCCAACUGCUCGAACAGUGCAGGUUUCGGCUCCAUCAGCAGCCAACAAUGGUGGAAAUGCCGCAUCAAUCCUUUCAUUGCAAGCUGGUGCCACAACACUUAAAGUGGCCCCCAAUUUGCAGCCUCAACGUAUUCAAUCAAUGCACCAUAUUCAUCACCACCACCACCACCAGCUGAUUAACGGAAUAGCAACAGUGGCAACGGCUAGUGUGGCAGGAGCCGCCACCACCAUUGCUGCCGCACAGAUGCCUGCGAACCCGGGAGCAGCGAAUGCGGCCGGUCAUUCGGCCCCUGCGACUGCUACUGGCUGGCCAAUCGUGGAACCAGUGUUCCAUUUCGGUCCCGGUUUCGAGCCGCAAACACGACCCUAUUGUCCAGCACACCCGCAACCGUCGGAGCAUGUGGUGCUUUUCCACGUCAGUCCAGGAGUUUCGGUGACAUUCCAAAUCGGAAACAGCCGAGAAAUAAUCAGAGGUCCAGUCACCGUGCCGAUGGUGUCGCAAAAUGGUACUCCUCCGAUGGCAAUGCCGGUGCAGGUUCCACCGGGCCACGUGAUGCAGCAAAUUGUCGACGAAAAUGGCACUCUGCGGCACGUCAUUCUAUCCACCCAACAUCAGCAGAUCGGCCAGGGCGGUGUCCAGCAUCACCUGCAUGGACAUUAUAUCAAUGGUACUACACCGCAGUUUUUCAAUCCGAUGGCGGCUGGCUAUCAAGCGGGACCGGGUCCCGGAGCACCUCAUCUCUACCAAACACCUCUGAUUACCGGUGGUACAGGAGCAGCAGCAGCAGCGGCUGCAGCAGGAGGUACCGGUGGCGGUGGCACUCACACACUCCACACGCCACAGGCCAACGUGACCCACUCGCCAUCUCCUCCGCACACGACCAACAAUCAGUACCACAAGGACGAGAGGGCAAUACGGCAGCAUACGAAGCUGCUACGAAAGUUAGAUCAGAAACAAAGAGAACUGAAUGCCUCCAUUGCGACGCCAAUCAAUUCGCCUCGGAAGCACACGGAAGUGAACGGCAAUGUACGUAAGCAUCAACAACAACAACAGCAGCAACAACAACAACAGCCACAGCAUCAACCGCAGCAAUUUCAACCGCCACUUUUACUGCAUCCGCAGCAACACCUCCACCAACAUCCAGUUUCCGUUGUCCAACGCAACGGAACAUCCUCGGUGGCCACUUCGGAAGAUGGGGACGAAUCUUGUAGUAUGCCGGACGAGGAAGACGAUACCCAAACCAUUAUCGAACAUCUCAGCUCCGUUUCGUCGCCACAGGUUAAUGAGAUUACGUCUCGAUCAGCCUUAUUCCAAUGGUCACCACCCAGUCCACUACCGCCUGCUGAAACGCUACCCUUCAACGUGCAUGAUCUGCAUUACGAAUUGCUGCUUAGUGAUCCAGGAAAGGAGAACAAAUACAAGAGUAUAUUCAAGGGUAGUUCACUAAGUUGCAUGGUGCAGGAUUUACGACCCGGUCAGGAGUACACCGUCAGAUUGCAGGUUUAUCUGGACCAACUUCACGGAUCCCCGACGGAAGCAACUGUUUUCAAUACGCCUGCCUGUGAACCGGAAGUUCCAAAGAUCCCCACGCUAAUAGCUAGAACAAAAAAUUCACUCCAGCUACGCUGGAACGCUGCGGCCGACAAUGGCGCUCACAUUACCAAUUACAUUCUCGAGUACGACAAUGGAAAGUAUAACGGAAUGAUUCACUUGAUCAAUUCCCAAAAUUGUGAUUUUGUAGAGGUAUGUAAAACAAAAGGUAAACAGUUUACUGUAAACAAGUUGCACCCUUCCACUUGCUACAUUUUCCGCCUUGCGGCGGUGAAUGAGUACGGCCGCAGCGGAUAUUCAGAUCUGGUAAAAUUCAAUACUGCUGGCAAUCCGCCAUCGCAGCCAACGCCACCAGCGCUGCAACAUGCAACGGCAACCUCGCUCAAACUCGCCUGGCAGCGACGGUCACCGAGUGAGGGAUUCACGUUGCAAAUGAACGAUCUGGACCAGGGCUACGGUUAUAGGAACAUUUACACCGGAAUGGACACCGUGUACGAGUGUGUAGGAUUAAGACGAGCAACAACAUUCCACUUUAGGGUAAAAGCAGAGAACGAAAAUGGCCAAAGUCCGUACAGUAAAGAGGUAGUGUUUAAAACACUACCUUCCUGCCCGGGCCGACCGACCAAACCUCAGGUGAAGGGUAAAAUUCACGCGACGGCAUUUAAGGUCAAGUGGGACCCGCCGGUUGAUACGGGUGGCGCCGAAAUUUCGCUCUACCAUCUGGAGAUCAACUCGUGUUCGUUGUACGAGAGGAUAUACAGUGGUAAGGAGUCGGAGGCGCUAAUAGAACGACUCAGCCCCGGAACUACCUACCAGAUUCGGGUGUUGUGCGAAGGCCCGGGUGGAAUCAGUACAUUCUCUGAACCGUGCCUGGUUACGACGGAACCGGUAACGCCGCGAGCACCUCAGCGACCCUACUGCAGUGGAGCACCGACACCGUACGCCGCCUGUUUGAUGUGGGAUAAGCCGGAUUACAAUGGAGGUGCACCAGUGCUCGAGUACGAGAUGGAGGUGGAAAUGACUAAUAAGACGCGAAACUCUUGCUACCGCGGCAAGGAUCAGUUCUGCGUAGUGAAAGACCUCAGGCCGGGUGAACUGUACACGGUACAGGUGCGUGCAAUCAACCGUAUAGGGGCCGGAGAGUGGUCGGAGGAGUACAGUUUCCAUGCCGGCGCUGCGCCGCCGAACGCUCCCAAAGAGCUGCACAUUUCAGUUAAAUCGCCAACUCAUCUAACUGUGAUCUGGGACGAACCGCACUGCAAUGGGGCACCAAUCAGCGAGUAUAUCCUACAGUCAAGUACCGCGGCUGGUGAUGCCACUGAUAGCGACGACGUUGCCACCGUCGAUACUGAGGAACUGGUCUUCCAGACUGUUUACCAUGGUCAGCAACGAAGUGCUGAGCUGAAAAAUCUUGCUCCAUUCACCAGCUAUCAUUUUCGAGUGUGCGCAGUUAAUAGUGCCGGAAGCUCUCGGUACUCAUCGACGUUCUCACAGAAGACCCCAGCGGCACCGCCAAAUGUCCCCGUUCUAGGGCAGCAUAAAAUUACGGCCAAAAGUAUACUUAUCGGCUGGGAGACGCCACAUUGCAAUGGUUCCUCGAUUACCUAUUACAACAUCGAGUGCGGCGAUCGAGUGAUAUCGAGAGACGCCGCUUCCACCGUGUUUCGAAGGAGCCGAACUGAGGGUGAGCCUAAUCGGACCAGAAAUGAUGGUCGUGCUAGUGAUGAUUAUGAAGAAAAUGAUGAAGAAUUAGACGAGGAGCAAGACUACGAUGAGGAUGACCUGGCGGGCAGAGAGGAUUCCGCAGCGUCCGAGAACGACGACGAAGAACUGUCAGAAACGAAUUUAUUAGAUAAUAGUGCCACUGUGGACACUAACCGGAAUGAGUUGCUAAUCGAGGAUCUCCAUCCGGAAUCGGCGUACAAACUGAGAAUUCAAGCCGUUAACGAGAUAGGGACUGGCCCAUUCUCCGGGUAUCUCAAGUUUACUACCGCACCACUGCCACCAAAACCACCAAAGCUGGAGUGUAUUCAAUUUGGAUUUUCACAUCUGAAGUUGCGCUGGGGCGAAGGCAAGAACCUAAUCGAUCUUGCGCGAUACUAUGUGGAAUUGGAAAACAAUCGUACCGGAGAGUACCAGAAUGUGUACACAGGAACGCGCAGCACUUGUAAAGUGAUGAAAUUGCAUGAGCUAACCGCCUAUACAUUCCGGAUAGCGGUCGAAACAAAACACGCUGGAAUGGGAGACUUUUCCGAAGAUUUCGUGUUCGUGACAAACGCCGCAACACCGAAUACCAUCAAGGCACCGAGGGUUUACAUUGAACCGGUAAGUGGCAGCAGUGGUAAUAGUUCACCUCAGCACCCACCGUCCUCGGUAAAUGGCAGCGUCAACAAUCUGAACGCGGCUGGUCUCCUACAGGGAAAUACCCAAUUAACCACAAGUAGCGGUCCCGCAACGGCCGGCGUUGGUUUAUUGACCAUCGAAUGGCAAACAAGUCGAAACAAUCCCUUUUCCGAUGCGAUAGAGUAUAUGCUACAUAUGGCCAAAUCGAAGGAUCAGGAAUUCCACGAGAUUUACCGCGGGCCGGAAACACGACAUACCAUCUACAAUUUGUGCUACGGUGUGGGUUAUCUUUUCAAAGUAUGUCCGAUACGAAUUCGGUCCAACGGAGAAGAGAUCCAUGGUCAAUUUUCACCGGUUUUGCAUCACCAAUUAACACCACAUCGAACUUCAACUGCCAGUUCGCAUGGUGGACAUCUGCGACAUGGUGGUGCGUGUCACGAUGAAGUAGACGGAUCCUGUUCAACCUCUUCCAUGAGGACCCUGUUUGCCGGUAAUGUGGUCAACAGUCGGGGUGAGCUAAUUCUUGCUAAUGCUGCUGCAGGUUACGAUGGCCAUCAUCAGGCGAAUCAGAACGCCAGUAGUGCUGCACAAACACUACUUCAUUUGCCCAAGGGAGCAAAUCUGAUGCAAACGGUUUCCGAACUGUUCGAGGCAGACUCCAGCAAGGCGGUUCUGUUCGUACUCAUCUUUAUUGUGCUGUCGAUGAUCGUUGCAGCUUGCCUGAAGUAAAACUCCUCAUCUAUAAAUCAUAAUCUGCAGUCAACGUCUCUCUCUCACUCUCUUAUUGCCUCGCUCGCCCUCUGCCCCUGUCUAUCGUUGCACCAGCGUAAUUUCGGAACGAAUACCUAAGUGUGUGAAAAAUAAUGAGGGGGGCGAAUGGGGCAUCAAACUUACAUUUUUUUAGCUGUGCAUUUUUUAAUCAUUAUUGUCACAAGUGCUACUCAAUUAUCGAUGCUUACUAUCUAGCAGUCGUUAUUAGUCCGAACCAGAGAAAAACAAGACAAAAAAAAAUAACAACAGCCACAACAAAUGAAAUAGAUAAUAUGCUGUGGUGGAGGAAAUGUGAAAAACAAUUCACCGUAAAAGAAUAUUGCUGUCACUGUUUGUCACUGCUACAACUAUUGAAACUAUUGCUAACCUGGGAAAGUAAACAAAAAUUACACGUAUACAAGCAAAACAUAACAUACAUUACUUAGCUAAUUUGCUGUAAAUUGUGGUGGAACGAAAACCAGUAGGAAUUUAUUCUCCAGUGUUUGGUCUUCUCUAAAAAUCAAGAAUGAAAAAAAAAAAACAAAAACAUAAUAAAAUGGGGUGCACCAUGAAAGUUUGCAGAACAUAAGAAAUGAUUGCAGAUAAUAUUAUAUGUUAAAUUUGCUAUAUUGUUUAUGUUACGAUUAUUCCCAUUAGAAAAGAAAAAGGAACGGCGAAAAACAAAAACAAAGCGAAUUGAUCGUGUGCGUUUAUUGAGAUAUGAUACGAAACGAAGAGGGUAGGAAGUUUAUACAGAAUUGAACAAAAAAGCUACAGUGUCCUUAUAUUACGCUUAGAGAUAGUGGAAGGAAAGCUGAGCCCAUUACAAAAUUUGUUGCCCAGAAAAGUUGUUCAGUUUUUUUUUCUGCAUUGUUCUUUUGAAACGUGCAUUGUGCUAAGUUAAUUCGCUUGCAAAGCGCUUUGUUUUUCGAACCUUAUGAGUAAAAGUAAAAUGAAGACAGUCAGUAAAAUUUACCCCAAACAGACAUGCAGACGAGCAAACAAACAAACAACCCGCUUGAUUAGAAGUGUUACUCCGAAAACGAAAAAAAAUCAAUAUACGUUUAUGAAAAUAAGAAGUAAAAACAAGGAAAACUAUAGUAUUACUAAUUAUAAACGAGCAGAAACAAGCAAGGAAGGAGACGAGAAUCGAAUGGAAAACGUGUAAAAAUAGCCCUAUCGUAAUAUUCAACUCACUAAAAUAGUCACACAUUUAGACAGAUUAAUUUCCCAUCUGAACAAGGAAGAUGUCGAAAUCCUUCACGAUGAAAUAUAAAACUGAAUGCAUUCCAUACAAGCUCUUUUAAAACUACGUUCUACCGAUUUAAACCAUUGCAUCUACUGGAACAGGCAAUAUACUUAGCGGAUCAAAUCAAACCAAUCGAAACUAGGAAACACCAUUUUCUAUGCUACUAUUCUCAUACUUCUCGAUUUUUAAGUACGGCUAACAGAAUACAGGUUAUCAUAGAUAAGACAAAACUAAGCUACACACAGAAAUUAAGGAAAAAACAAAUCUCAUGCACUACAACAUGCUAACACAUUUAAGCUUAUUUUGUUCAUGUUUGAGUGUAUUCGAAAUGACAGGUCGCGCUUUGUAAUGUAAAAUUAUCUACUGGUUUUUUGAGUUGAAUAAAUUCCAAAAAGUUUGACCAUCAUGCACUGAUGAUCUAGUCUCUUCAACAAUCCGAGUCAGCGUUAUGGAAUUGUUUUGUUUUAAAUUUAAAAUUAGCAUGUGAGAAACCUACAAAACGCGGUUCUGUUAUUUCGGAUUUCCCAAGAAGCGAAUUCAAAUACAUACCUACACAAAGAAUCGAUUGCAAGCUGGAAGAGAAACGCUGCGUGUAUAUUACUUUUGAUAAUAUUGCAAUUCAUUUCUUUUUAUUGGUGAUUGUUCCAUGUGCAAUUUUUGUAUCGUUUUACUAGCUAAAUUAUUUGUGGAUACGAUGCAUUUUAUUCGCCUUAUUAUAAACUCUAUUUACACUCCGCUACGGGAGGAUGAAUCGUGCCCGGUUAUACAUGAAUAUAUAGAAGCAGACACAACUAACCAGAAACAAGGAGAUUUACAGCUUGACAUCCCUCUAGGUAAGGUAGCACUAUGACAAAAGGUAGUAGAAAAGCUUGUAAAACUUUUCUUUUAUGCUAUGGUGUACUUGUAAUUUUCCGUUGUUGUUUAGUUUUACUGGAUCCUAGCCCUCGAAAAUGACGUAUUUGCAAUACACUGAUAUAGAUAAGUUGUGCAUUUCACUUUUACGUUUUUUUUUUCUCUCUAAGCUAGAGCAAAUCAUAUUUACACGAUGCUUUUUAUUUAUCAGCUUGUUUUAUUUUCCUGCGCCCGGCUUCCACUAUUUACGUUAGGAGAACAACAAGUGUAAUUUUAUGUUUUUACUAGUUUAGCGAAUGAACUUUUUUUUCUCUCAAAGAAUGCAACAGGAAACAGGUGAAACGGGACACAAGCAUACUGAAAGUUAUACGAAAAAAGAAAAACAAGUUUGAAAAUAAGACAAAGUAAGCAUGACACAAUGAUGUUUGCUACUGGAAGGGGUAAUAUUGGGGCAACAUCUGUUCGGGAGUGAUGAAAGUGAUUAACAUAUGGAAACGAUAAUAAAACAGCUUCAGUCUAAGAGACGACUUAAUCCACUAAAGUCGCAUGCAAUGUAACAAACAAAUUUCUUUUUCUCCAUGAAUACGGAAAUGCGAAAAUAGAUGCCUAAACAAAUGUAAAUUUUUUAUAGUUCAUUCGACUUUAUUUUUGUUAAUAAAACUGUAAUUUGUAUAUAAAAAACAGCGGUGAAAAUAUACGACGUUUCAGUUCUUCUAAAACGUUUCUACGCAAAAAAAGUAAAGUGAGACGCAGACAAACGUUGGCUAGGAAAACUAGGUAAUAAUACGGAAAGAACGGAGAGAAUGAAAAUGAUGAUGAUAAGCACCAGAGAGAAUAAUAAGAAGCUGAAAUCAAGGUUUCUUGUAUCUAAAGCAACGGAUAAAUGAAUGCUAUAUACAUAAAUGGAUAUGCAAAACCUAUUCUAUCGAACCAUGAUUCAAGGAAAGAUCGUAAAAUAAUUAUUACUAAAAGUAUAUACAUGAUUAUAUUAAUGAUGGGGGUAUAAUAGUAAUUGUAUAAAUUUUACUAAACAAUCUCUAUUCAUUAGAAUUCAUAUGCGAAAUAUUUUUUACAAAACAAAAGAAACACCUUUAUAUCUCAUUUUUAUUACAUUUAUGAUAAUUUGUUUAUUAGAAAUGUUAUAUUUUGUAUUUUUUUAAUAUUAUAAUUUACUUUCUUUUCUCCUACAAAACAAGAAAACUAUUGCAAACAAAACAACAAAGUAGGAUAGUGGCGAGCAAAGCAAAGCAAACAGAAAAAAAACAAAAAAACGUUAUAUGAUUAUGAAAACAAGAAACGUUAUAUGAUUAUAAUCGUACGCUAAAACAAUGAGGAACAUGGAACUGAAAAUCGUCAGUUUUCAAAAUUAUGGAACUAGCUGAGCGAAAUAUGGUAGGGAAACUCUAGAAUCGAAGAAUACGAAAUGAUAAUAUUACACUAUGAACAUAUGGAAACAAACAAAAAAACUGAAGGAAUAAUGUAUAACAGAAACAAAUAUUACUGCAAGAGCGACACACACAUAUAAACAAUUAAAACAAGUGGAAAAACAAUUAAAAUAUAUAUGUUAAAAGUGGUCAUUAAGUAUAUAAACAACAAAAACAUCUUAAUAUAUAUGAACAAUAUUUAAUUUAACAGAAAUAUAUUUUAUGUAAAAAAUA